GCAAGGGAAGAUGGCGGUGCUGGGGGAGCGCGCCUGUUGGGCCACGCGACCGUUGUUGCCGGUGGUGCGGACUUGGGAACUCGAUGCGCGGCGCUGGGUCCGGGCGCUGCGGCGCAGCCCCGUGAAAGUGGUGUUUCCAUCAGGUCAGGUCGUGGAACGGAAGCCCGGUCCCGGGAAGCAGCCUCGGAAGGCGGCGGCAGAGGCCAGUCCCCGCGAGCAGCGACUGAAGCAGUCGCGUCAGGUGCCCCCAUCCCAGACCCCCAGCACCUGGGAAGAGUCGGGGCUUCGCUAUGAUAAGGCUUUCCCUGGAGACAAAAGGCUGAGCAGUGUGAUGACAGUAGUUAAGUCCAGGCAGUUUCGGGAAAAGCAAGGGAAGAUCCUGUUGGAAGGUCGUAGGCUGAUUGCAGAUGCUCUCAAGGCUGGUGCUGUGCCCAAAGUUUUCUUCUUUAGCCGUCUGGAAUACAUAAAGGAGCUGCCCAUUGAGAAGCUGAAAGGUGUUAGCCUCAUUAAGGUGAAAUUUGAGGAUAUCAAGGAUUGGUCCGACCUAGUAACACCACAAGGAAUAAUGGGGAUUUUUGCCAAACCUGACCACGUCAAGAUGACAUACCCAGAGACUCAGCUUCUCCACACACUGCCCAUAUUGUUGAUUUGUGACAAUCUCCGCGACCCUGGGAACCUGGGGACAAUUCUGCGAUCUGCUGCUGGCGCAGGCUGCAGCAAAGUGUUGCUCACCAAAGGCUGUGUGGAUGCCUGGGAACCCAAAGUGCUGCGGGCAGGUAUGGGCGCACAUUUCCAAGUGCCCAUCAUCAACAACCUGGACUGGGAAGCAGUGCCCAACUACCUGCCCAAUGACACCCGCGUCUACGUGGCUGACAACUGUGGCCUUUACACACAGGCCCAGGCCCAGAUGUCUAAUAAGGCCAGUGACUACGGCUGGGUAUGUGACCGACGACCCCUAAAGUUUCACAAAUAUGAGGAGGAGGAAGAGAAUCUAGAAAGUGCAGCCAAUAAAGGCUGGCUCCCUGAACUUGAGGUCCAGACUUACGACUCAGACUGGACAGAGGCACCUGCAGCUGUGGUGAUAGGUGGGGAGACCAGCGGCGUGAGCCUGGAGUCCCUGCAGUUGGCUGAGAGCACGGGGGGCGGGAGGCUGCUGAUCCCCAUCGUGCCUGGUGUGGACAGCCUGAACUCGGCCAUGGCUGCGAGCAUCCUGCUCUUUGAAGGGAGAAGACAACUGCGGGUGAGGGCGGAACACUUGAGCAGGGACGGGAGCUACCACUGAGAGGGGACGUGGAAGCCAGUCCUCAGUUUUAGGUUGUCUCUGUGGUUAUUGGAAAAAUAAGAACUUCCCUGACUUUCUGCUUAGCCUCAAAAAUAACAAAGGCCAAAAUUCCUCCUGAGAUCUCCAUCUUCCCACCGACUUUUAUAUAUGUGUAUAUGUACGUGUGUGUGUGGGUAAGAGAGAGACAACGUAAGUAAAUGCUUCUCAUGGCUGUAUGUUUUUAAAAACUGUCCACCAUGGAGCAUCUUUGUGCCCAGAAAGUUGCUGAGGGCAUCACCUUGGGUAGGGAGGACCCCUCCCUCCACAGCUGGGGGUGCUCUGCAAUCAUGGCGUGCUGGUUAGAGGCCGGCCUUGGUCACUCAACUCCUGUGAUCAUUGGUCAGUGGAAGUUGACUUCGCCCCUGUGAAGUGUAGACCAGCAGAUUGCAUUAAAAAGUUUCAUUUCAGUGUG